CAGCAACUACUACUACCGACGGCGGACGGACCGGAGUCGUCGCACUGUCACAGUUCGGCAGUCGCCUAUCAAAUUCCGCACGACGAUUCGGGUGCCGACGAGGUUACCGGCUUUACCGCAUCGGCGCAUCAACAAUAACAAUAACAAUAACAACAACAACAACAACAACAACAGCUCCACGUCUACUGCAACCAAUUACCGUCUUAUCUAUAUAGUAUUCUACUAUUCUAGUUAUCUAUCUCGUCGCGUCACGUAUUGUGGAUUUUAUUGGAUCAGCCACUAUCGUAGAAGCGUGACGAAUAUUUAUAGUUCGUGUUAUACCGUAUUGCCGUAGUGUGCACGUCUUUAACGUCGAAAAUAUUAUUAUUAUACUAGUGAUUAAUUAUUUAUGCCAAUUAUAAAUCAUUACGAACUAUUAAGCCGGUUCGAAAUUGAUAAUUGAUACUAUUUUAGAACAUCGUCCCGUACUCCCAUUUUCGAUCAGCUUUGAAUGUGUUAUCGGGUUCCGGCAUUCCGAGUAAACCUACAUAAUGGUUUUCAAAUUUGAAUAGGUAUUUGUGGUUUGUCAAUCGAUCCGCGUUCGGGGCCUAAAUUGGCCUACUACCGAGCAUUGACUGAAAUCUAAAUAAACUAAUUGCAUUAUUAUUAUGCAUUAAUUAUGCCGAUCGAUACCGGUUUCCGAAUGAAAACCGAACUAAGCCGUUUUCGUCGUGUACUAUAAUUCUGUGAUGAUGACACCAUUACCAGUCCCGUGACAUUCAUGAUGUCAAACAGUAAUAAUGCAUCGCCCAGCCGUAUUCCAAAGCCGAAUUGGUUACGGCACUCGAAUAAGACACCAAAGAUCCAAAGACAUCAAAGUCUACAAAUUUUAAAUACAUAUGAAAAAGAUGACGAUUGUGCAUCAGAAAAAAGUUUUGGCAGUACAACCAGCAGUCAAUGUGAUAAUGGCCAUUCUAUGUUUGCUCUUAAUGGCACCACAUACUCCAGCCGAAAAAAGGCUUAUUUACACUAUUGUCCCUCAAAUAUAGGCAGUGAAGAGUAUCUUACUCCUACACAGAGGUCUAGUCGAACUAUCAGAAAUCUUAGAAGAUUGCUAAAUGAUGCUCACAGUGAACUCAAUGAUAAAGAUACUGAAAUUGACCGUCUUAAGAAAGAAAAUAUUGAACUUAAAGUAAAAUGUGGAUAUGAAACUACUAACAAUUCUAUUGCUGAAGGUGAUGAAGAUGAAGACACUGCUAGAUUCAUACCCAGCAAAGAACAAACCCCUGAACCUGAUUCAACGAGUUUUUUAAAUCCGUCACCGUCACCAGCAGAUUCAGGACAUGGUGAUGAAUAUGAUGAAGCUAAAAAAUUACGUCAUGCUUAUGAUGAGUUACGUGAGAAACAUAAUGAUAAGAUUGAAGAACUAUUGAAACGUUUAGGAGAACUCAAUGAAAAAUAUUAUGGAUUAAAACCAUUACUUGAUGAAGCAUAUAUCAGAAUCAAAGAACUUGAAAUGGAAAAUGAUUUUCUUAAAUGGUCUAAAACUGUACAAGAUAAUACUACAACUACUAUUGAUCAAACCUCUAUUGAUCAUGUAAAGAAGACUUGUUGUGAUGUUCUUACUCAGACUCAAUCAAUAAUACAAUUAGAUAAGAAGACUGAAACUGAUCAAACACAUCAUAAUUUCUAUGGUGGUAUUACUGAAAAUAUUCAAAACUCAUUACACAAAUCCGAUUCAGACAAAAACCAUGUAAUCCCAACACAAACUCAACAAAUUGUAUGUCUAGAAAAGGAUACUGAGACUACUAAUGGUCAGGAAGGCGAAGACUGUGUUGAUGAGCUGAGUAAUGUUAAGUUACAACUAAAAAAGACCAAAGGACGUAGCCAAAGUGUUGGUGGCGCUUUGUUAUCCGGACCUGAGGCCAUUGCCCUUUGGAUGAUCGGCACGAAAAAGGCAAUGUAUGAAACUAUUCUCCAACAACAAUUGGAACAACAACGUCAACGUCCAUUACAUGAUGCUGAAAUGACAUUGCAAUUCUUAAAAUCAGCAUUUUACUAUUAUCUCACCGAUCCUUCGAAUACCACUGGACAUUUAAACGCUAUAUUAAGCAUACUUCGGUAUUCAGAUGCUGAAAAAAAAAUAAUUGAGAGAAAUCAAGCGUGGAAAUAACAUUGUUUUUAAAAAUAUCUGAAUUAUUUGUAAUUUUUGUCCAAUUUAAAUUUAACUGAAAACAAUCUUUUUUCUGUAUGAACUAUGACAAAAAAUUUAUUGAUCCAAACCGGUGUUAAAUUAUCCCCCAAUAUUAUCCCGUUGCGGGAUAGUGGACACUGUAAAUUAUGUGGUGCAAACAUCCUGGUGUGUUUUUUUCACACCAGUUUGAGACAGUGAAUUUCUAGUGAAUAUUUAAUUUUAAAAUAAGUUUCCUAAUUAGUUUAUAUAUUUCUUGGUUUUCUGUUCUGUUAUUAUUUUAUUUUAUUAAUUAUUUUUAAAUGUAUUGUAGAAUCAGUAUUAUGGUUGUUGUUAGGGAUUUUGUGAGAUUUAUUAGAAUAUUAUUUUAUGUUGUUUUAAAAGAAUGUUUGAUUUUUACUACUUUUUGGCUCAGCUUUCAGUUUUCUCAUAGUAUUUAAGUAUACACUGUAUCUAUACAAUUUUUCAAUUAAUUCAGAUCAGUUACUUUAACAUAUUGAUCAUAAUAUUAUUAUUUAUAUUUUAUUUUAAUAUGACUAUUGACUAUAUAGUAAACAGUACAUUUUUGUACAAUAGGUAUAUUGUCAAUGUGUGAGGUAUCAGUAUUGUGAUAAAAUUUAUAUACAGGAAAAAUUAUUCUGUGGUCAAAGUUUGAAUAAUAAAUUGAUUAUAAAA